AUGACGGUGCCAGCUUUGAGAGUUAUUGUCGAUGGCGAUAGCAGCAAGACGUACAGGAGCGGAGAAAAGGUCACUGGAAAGAUAUGUUUGGCGGUAGAAGAGCAGGAAGACAUUGAGUCGCUGAAGGUGGUUUUUGCGGGUAGUUGUGUCACCAAGACAUCCAGACCUCUACACGUGAACUCGAAAACCCACCCAUCUGCACAAAGGCAUGAAUACGAGGAGAAGAUACGGCUCUUCAACCGCGAGAAAGAGCUAGUUUCCUGUCGCAAUCUUGGACCGCGGAAGUACUCAUGGGACUUUGAGUUUGUCUUUCCAGAGUCGACCGAACCCCAAAUGAAGGGCAUGGUACGCGGCUGCAACUAUCUUCGCGAGCCACAUCCACUUCCGCCAUCCUUCCAGCUCAAGACCAGUGGGCCAGGCGGUGCGGCACAAAUAUCAUACUUCGUUCAGGCCAGACUCAUUCUCAGUGGCUCGACAGAGACCAAGAGGUGUAAACACAUACUACGAUACCAUCCAAGAACGUUGGCGGACAUACCACGAAGGGCGCAGGUCAAAUCUUCUGUGCUCCACGGCCAAGUCUGGAAACCAAACAAAGAGAAGGAUGGAUCUAGAGUUAAGAAGGUCUUCUCCGGCGUCUCUAUGAACUCAACGCCGCGGAUCAUUCCUACACUGAACCACCCCGAAAAGGUGUGCCCAGGACAGCAUAUGCCGUUGUCACUCAGCCUCCUCAACGCGCGGGAUCCUGCCAACCAUGCCGAGCGGGAAUGCAUCAUCGACUCCUUGACGGUCACAAUCUCAACAUACUCAACGACAAAAUGCGGAAACACCGUAACGGAUCCCGAGGACGUUGUAUCUAAGCACAUUACCUGCAUAUCGCGGACCGGUAUGAACCGCCCAAUACCGUUCAACAAAACGACGACAUUAACGUCAAACUUCCGUCUCAUCGAUGACACGGAGUGCGUGCCAACCUUCAAGACAUACACAAUAACCCGGCGCUACGCACUUGCUAUAUCCAUCGGCAUCAAAUACAACGAUCAGCACUUCACCAUCCGCUCGAACACACCCCUGGAAAUUCUACCUCGCAUACCCCGCGAACGCCUACCACCACCGGAAGACAGAGAGGACUUUGAACAGCUACCAGAGUACACACCCAGGGAGCCGUCGCGAGAGUUUGCACCAGACUACGAAUCUCUAUACGCGCUGUCGCGAACGCCAUCCAGUUCGCACUCAAACCCAUUGUCCUUGGCGGGGUCAAGAAGUUCAAGUCUCUUCUCAGGGGGCUCAGCACCAAGUUCUGCAGUGUCAACACCGGGAAUGGAAAUCGAGCAGCCUGUUUAUCGUUUAUAA